AUGACUCUCAUGGCGACCAGCAGCGCAUCACCACGUGUACCUAUGCCAGGAGUAUGGGUUCCAGCUGUGACUUUCUUUAAUCCUACCACCGACGAGAUAGACCUUGAGGCACAGGCCAAGUAUUACCAAUAUCUCUCGCGAACUGGCUUGACUGGUUUAGUAGUCCUAGGAACCAACGCAGAGACACUGCUUCUGACACGCGAAGAACGAGCUGCGUUGCUGCGAACAGCUCGAUCAGCAGUAGGAUCCUUUCCCAUUAUUGCAGGUGUCAGUGGUCAUUCUACGAAGCAAGUCUUGGAGUAUAUCUCCGAUGCAUACGAAGCUGGUGCCAAUUAUGUUCUGGUUCUUCCAGCAGCAUACUUUGGCAAGCAGACUACGCCAUCGGUCAUCAUGAGGUUUUACGACAUAGUUGCGGUGCAGUCUCCUUUACCCAUAGUCAUCUACAAUUUUCCGGCAGUCUGCAACGGUGUUGAUCUGGAUUCGGAGACGAUCAUUGCCCUCGCCGAGGAGCACUCCAAUAUUGUAGGAGCCAAGCUUACGUGUGCCUCUGUGGGGAAACUCACACGAAUCGCAGCACACUUGACUCCUCAAAGGUUCUCAGUCUUUGGUGGACAGUCAGAUUUUCUUGUUGGUGGCUUAAGUGUUGGCUCUGCUGGCUGUAUCGCUGCAUUUGCCAACAUAUUCCCAAAAACACUAACCAGGAUAUAUGACUUAUAUACCUCGGGUCAGACCACCAAGGCACUGGAGCUACAGCGAAUCGCUGCCAAGGCUGAAGGUUCGUGCAAAGCUGGAGUCGCAGUGACGAAGUACGGCGUUGCCAUCUUCUCUGCGAAAGCUGCCGGGAUCAGCGAUGCAGAGGAAUUGCUGCAGCCUCGGAGUCCGUAUGAAGCUCCUUCCGAGGCUGCAAAGCAAGCAAUACGGGAAGCGUUGAUGACACUGAACGCAGUUGAGGUCAACCUGUAG